UCAAGGUAUCAAUAUGUCUUCAAAUGUGGCUGUGGGUCCUACCCAAGAAGAGGAACCAGAUGUCCCAGAAAGAGUUGAAGCUGAAGAUGAUGAUGCUGAAGAACAGGAAACACUUAAAUAUGGGGCUAAACAUGUGAUGAUGUUGAUAGUUCCAGUUUCGCUUUGUAUGGUACUUGUGAUUGUAACCAUACGGGUUAUCACCAUGUACGAUAUUGGUUCACAACCAACCGUCUACUUGGUUUACACACCAUUCAAUGAACAAAAUCAAUUAUCAACAGGUUCACCUAUAAGUGAUGCUGUUCUAAACAUGCUUAUAGUCCUUGGUCUAGUAAUAUUCAUGACUUGCAUCCUGGUUUUACUCUACAAAUACCGGUGCUACAAAGUCAUUGAGGGAUGGCUUUUCUUGUCCUCUUUAAUACUCUUAUUCAUGUUUACUUUCCUGAACUUGCAAGAGAUUGUAGUUCGUUUUAACUUUGCAAUGGAUUAUAUUACUAUUGCCCUAAUAGUCUGGAACUUUGGUGUGAUGGGAAUCAUUAGUGUUCACUGGAAAGGACCCUUGAUCCUUCAGCAAGGCUACUUACUAAUCAUCAGUGCCAUGAUGGCACUUGUUUUCAUCAAGUAUCUUCCAGAGUGGACUCUUUGGUUUAUUUUAGGUGGAAUAGCAGUAUACGACCUGUUUGCUGUGCUCUGCCCCAAAGGACCACUGCGUAUCCUGGUCGAAACAGCAGAAGAGAGAAACGAACCCAUAUUUCCCUCCCUUAUCUACUCCUCCACCAUGAUGUGGACCAUCACGACAAUGGCGGACGGAGAACCAGUGAGUAGCUACAACCCGCUGAAUAACUCCACUGGGAGCAGCGCUUCUCCUCCCGAACGGGCUCAGCCAGAGAUGGAACCAGAAGAGCAAGGAGUAAAGCUUGGUCUGGGAGACUUCAUCUUCUACAGCGUGCUGGUGGGCAAGGCAGCUACCGCAGACGAUUGGAACACGGUGAUGGCCUGUUUUGUGGCUAUUCUGAUAGGACUCUGUCUUACUCUACUGAUAUUAGCCAUAGUCAAGAAGGCUCUUCCUGCCCUUCCCAUCUCCAUAUUUGUUGGAAUUAUCUUUUAUGUGUGUACACGAUGGUGUAUUAAGCCCAUGUGUGAUCAGAUGGCACUUUCACAAGUUUACGUUUAGCAGUUUGGGUAGGGCCCUUCUGUUGGCACAGAUAAAGUUAGUUUUAUUUUGGACUGAUCUUGUGUUUUAAUGGCGUUUGGGCCUGGAGGAUUAUUAAUACAUCGUCAGUUCAAACUAUUAAAAAUAAAUAGAAAACCGUACAUUUCAAAAGCUAUCGAAUUUUUCUAGAUUCAGUGUCAAUUUGUUGCAGCACUGUUGAAAAUAAUAGUUGUUUUCUUUUAACAUUGUUUGGGUAUUUCAUCAAUAACUUUCAAUGUCCACAUCGAAAUCCUUGCCUUGCACUGCCUCAGAUUACACCACAUUCCUGAAUGAGCACGGAACGUAAAUUCUCACACGACGUUAUAAAAUGUAAUGGGUUGAUUAAGUUAAGUUUAUUUUUGUAUUUGUUUUAUUUGAUGUUGUUGCUGCCAUGGUCCUUUAAUGAUGAUGAUUCACAUUAGAGUAAUCGGCUGGAAAAUUAGUUUAAUUAGUUACGAAUAGACUACUAUACUUAUAGAUUGAAUGAUAUUCCAUAAUUAAUUAGAUAAUUAAUGAGAUACAGAAGAUUCGUGAGUAGCUAAAAUUGUAGCUUAGCCACCAGAAGUUGUGAAGUGAUUUGCUGUUCAUCAAUAUUAACGUUUGAAUGUAUUUAGAAGUUCACUUGAUUAAUUACAUGUUUAAUAUAUAUAUAUUAUAUUAACCUAGUAAUAACAACUUGAGUUAAAGUAAAUUGUAGGUUGUAUUGUCUCAGAUUUAGUUGCAGUUUUUCACGGCCAUUUGGUUAUUACAUAUAUUUUGAUGUACAGAAAAUGAUAUACAAAUUAAAAUUGAUUGUUUCCUUUGAUUCGACAA